UUUCCUGUCCAAUAGCUGCAGCACAGAAGUCUGAAGCAACUAUAGUGGGGGUAAAAGAGAGAAGAGAGACCGAGUGCACAAGGACGCACAUUGCUCAUUUUAAGAGUUGAAACACGUUUGGGACGGUGCUGUGCUUGGACUUUGUUUGAAGAAGGUGAGAAAAGCCUCAGUGCAAGACAAAGAGCAUUCAGCGGAGCUGCCUGCAGAGACACACACAAACUUCCCAACAUCUGGUGUGCUGGAGGACGGGGCGAGCCGGAGAGAGAGAAACUUUGGAGGCGGAGAGAAAACUAUCCUCGCUGGAGAAAAAUGCAUUGAAUUUUGGAGUCUGAGGGGCAUCUACAUGAGCCAAAAAACUGACUUGGUGGUUGUAUAAAGUGACACGAGUGGAGGGAAAGAGGACGGGAAAGGUCUUGGAGGGUGAGAAGUCCACCUGGAGCGGUCAGAGAAUGAAUUAGGCAAAGCUUUUGGCUGCACCGUGUCCCAGCCAGAGAGAAGGCUCACUCCUUGGCCCCUCCACCUCCUCCUAUAGGAGCCAGGCCCAAGCCCAUGGAUGAGGAGAGGAGUGCCCCUGCCAUCUCCCCAGAGCCACCUGAUGAUGGGGACCCCAGUCUACCGGAGCCACAACCCAGUUCCCACGCAACCUCGACCACAGAGAGAGCAAACAGCUGCCCGAACCCAAAGCCCUGUCCCAGUGAAGGUGAAGAUGUGGCCCACAUCUAUACUGAGCCCCUCAUAUUGAGGGUAAAUUGCACCCCAGAAAGGUUGCAAGGCAGCGAUGGAGACAAGUGGAACAGCAGCCUCUCACACACGGAGCUCACAACACCCAGCAGGAGUGUCACAUCUCAGCCAGCAGCCAGAUCCACACCGGCCCACCACACCCAGCCAUGUCGGACACAGCCCAGCAGCCAACUGCGCAAUGGAGCCAAGCACCACGCACACACACACUCUCCUCACACGCACUGUCCACAUCACACGCACACGCCUCACACACAUGCCCUCCAGUCAAACGGUGUCAGGAACGGGGGCACUCAUGAGCACCCUAAGCUGGGCUCCCUCCCGAGAGGCGGCUCAUCCACCUCCUCGUCCUCUUCGGCGGGACCCAAGCACACCAAGAAAUUGCAGUCAAACCCCUCCAUCACCUCCCAGAGCAGCAAGAGGAGCAAGAGCAGCUCCAAGAGCAACAGCUCCCAGAUUCCCACAGAGGCACAGGACGACUGCUGUGUUCACUGUAUUCUGGCCUGCCUCUUUUGUGAGUUCCUAACUCUGUGCAACAUCGUGCUGGACUGUGCCACCUGCGGCUCCUGCGCGGGGGACGACUCGUGUUUCUGCUGCUGCUGCGUGUCCGAGGAGUGCGGUGACUGUGACCUGCCCUGCGACAUGGACUGUGGCAUCAUCGACGCCUGCUGUGAGUCUGCAGACUGCCUGGAGAUCUGCAUGGAGUGCUGCAGCCUUUGCUUCUCCUCCUGAGGCCCCUAUAAGCCACCACCACGAGGGGCAAAGCGAGACGUCCACACUCCCACAAACCCCGGGAACGACUUCGACCGGUGUCUUAUCAGAAGCUGAGAGGCGCUACUUCCAGUCUUUGUUCCCUGGGCUCGGUGGUUUACGCUAUAUUGGCUGGCCUAGUUGGCUCUACAGUACGUCCAGUUUUUCAUACAGGGUUUGCCAAGCAAAAGAUGUGAUCUAAUGCUCAGAGCAGUCACUGGUGAUUUCUUCCUUCCUUUAUUGAUCAAGGGAUGGGACAGUAGCCUUCCCUGCCUUGUCUUUGCUGUUGGUCCGUUGCUACACAGCUGGGUAUAUAGUGCAGAGUGAGUUCCAGCUGUGGUCAAUGAGUGUCCGCCAGCUUGUGCAGGAACAGGCCUCUGGACCUUCACAGAACGAAGCUAUUAUUACAAUGGAGCCCCUUGUGCCGUCGGAAUGACUGGAGUUCUCCAAGCAUGAAAAAUGACCUCCAAAAGGCAAAUGAGAAAAUGGCUCCAUUUAACCGGAUUUUAGUGUUUCUGUAGAUAAGAGCAGUGGCAUAAUGGGAAAAUGGAUGCUCAGAUCUCAGUAGAAAUGUCGUCUGUCCUCCUGUCCUUGGCAAGGUUAAAGUCUUCCCAGUUUGAUUGCAUACGGUGGCCUUUGCGACACACACACACACACCCUAAGUGGAGGAUGUUGAAUCCACUGCUGUCUUUGUCCUUGUUGCAAUGUACAAGAUAGAGAAAAAAAACAUUAACGGUGGCUUGUGGCAAUAUUCAAAAUCAAUUCCUUUUUUUUGUUAAUAUGCAUCUCACUUAACAGACUUAUUCAGAGGAGAACGUUCACGAGCGAGGAUGGGUCCCGUUUUAAAACGAGUACUGUAAGCGACGGACAUCACAGAGCGAAGGGUUGAUACCGUGGACGCAUUCUCUACUUUAACAUGUGAAGGGAGAGAGUUCCUAAUCAAACGUCUCUCCUCGUUUUAUGUUUCACAUCCUGUUUACUUUAACUUUUUUAUUUUUUAUUUUGAGGGACUUCGGCUGCGUUCAGUGAAUUCUUCCUCGUCUGAACGGGCAGAAGUGGUAAAGGACUGGUAGAGGAUUGGAAGGCAUCAUCUUUCUUUCUUUUUUUUUUAAAAUACAUUUCAUUUUUCUUUGUCAUUCUUGCUAUGUGAACAAAUGGCCUUGGCUUAGCUUAAGGCCUGAAUUUUUCAAGUAGAUUCCUCGCCUUUACCAAAUCUCUAUUAAUCCUUGUUUUGUAGAUCUUAGUUAAGAUAUUUGCAUUUCUCCUCCAAUGUGAAAAUCACAUUUCUGUGUUAUCGGGUUUUUUGCCGGGCUCUCUCUGUAAAAGCAGACAUUGCUCAACAUUUAAUUUAAUUCCUUGAAUGAAAAUCUCACAACAUUAUGCUAAGUUAGAUCCAUGUCCUCGCAGUAUGAAUGGUACGCUUUUGAUAACAGGCCUGCACUCUCAUACGCUUAGAUUCAUACCUUCUCCAACCCAAUACCUCUUGAGAUGUCACCUAGAUCUGUUGUGGAUUUUAAAAAUGACUUGAUACAAAUCUCUCUGCUCUCUGAUCAAAUACUGUUUGUGCAAUCUUUAUUAUUUUUUUUUCCUUGGAAAUACCAAAGAGUUUUCCUCUUACUGGACCUUACUUGUACAUUGAAGGGUUUUUGCUAUGCUAAUGUGGCGGUGGUUGAUUAAACCCUAUUUUAAGGGCUGAUAUAUAACACUGUUGAUAAAGUAAACACUAGGGCUGUAAAUCAAACUGAUAACACCAAAGCAGAAAAUGCAAGUUUUUGGGACUCAACUAAUUCAACUUGAUAUUUUCUUUUUUUUUUUUGGGAGGGGGG